AUGAGCUCGAGAUAUGCCGAGCCGAAAAGAACACAUUGGGAGCCAGACUAUGCACGAACGACAUGCGCUGCAGCUGAGUGCGAAGAGACACUUCAGAUGUUUCGCAGACAUCAUUGUAGAAGAUGCGGGAAGUUGUUCUGUGCCAAGUGUGUCGGGGGCGGUUUGAUACGACGAUUAGAUGUGAACGCGGACUACUCGCCUCGAGGAGUGUUCUGCUCCGUUUGCUUCGAAUGCUUCGUCGAGAAGAACGGAUGGUUCUCUCCCGUCGGCAGCGAUGAAUGGAAGAAAGCGUCAGAGGGGUUCGUGAAGGAUAGGACGCAGCAGUUCUUGGCUGACCGGGAGGAAUGCGCCGGAGAGAAACUCUACAGGGAGAGGCUCGCCAAGGAGAUUCCUUUCUCGUUGGCAUGGAAGAAGGAAGUCAUACAUCUGCUGGUCGCAGAGAGCCUCGAGAGCGAUCCGAAACGCAGGAACGUCACCCCCAAGAGCCGUCAGCACUGGGUGAACGAGCGCAACGUGCAGGUCUGUGGAAACAACGAGUGCCGCACUCCAUUCACCAUGAAUGAGAGAAAGCAUCACUGCCGGGUGUGCGGGCGUGUGUUCUGUGACGCGUGCUCUCCGAAGAGACUUGAUCCCUGGCGAUACUCCGACGAUGACAGGGGAGAGGCGCACUUGGUAGAGGAGAAGGAAGACGAGAAGAACUCCCGUUUGGAGCGGGUCUGCCAUGUUUGCUACAAGGACCUUGAAUCCCAUAGAGUCUUCCUUCAGUUCCGUGCUUCGAUCUCUGCGUCCGGCUCUCACGUGCUGAGCAACCUCUAUCAACCCAUCUCCGGGUACGUCGCGGCAAUCAAGGAGGCCAUGGUCAAGCUCCGCCGCUCUGUGGAAUACAUCGAGCGCAUGUGUGCUCUGCAUGAUUCCUUCACCGGGGCUGAAGAAGAGGACCCCAUUCACCUCGCCACUGCUGAUAUCCUGGAGCUCAGAGCCGAGCUGGUCGUCCUCUUUAAGAAGUACGAGGACAGGUUCAAGAACAGGAUUCUGGUGUGGGAGGGAUGGAAGUACUGUCAGCUCCUUGGUGAAUCCUCUCCUGUCGUGAACAGUGCUGGGCAACCGACAGGCUUGUUCGCGUGGCAAGGCAGGAUCUUGUCAUAUGAGAGCAAGGAAGACGGCCAGUGCAUCAUCAGGAGUGACUUGCAGCAUGAUAAGGUGAGACCUGGCGAGAUUCUCUAUGAAGGAGAAGCGGCGGGGAAUAUAGAGGAGCAGUUGAAGGUGUUCCGGAAUCUCAAGCAGCAGUUCACCAGCUUCUGGAGCAACUACAAGCAUGGCUCCUUUCACUCCCUGGUGCAGAGGGCAGAGACCGCAUUCCUCCUCGCCUCCAACAUCCCCAAGUUGACUCGCUGCGAGGAUGGACGCAUUGUGCAUCAGGGUCAAAUCAGGCAGUCCAACGACUGGGUCUUUGCGGAAGGGAGCGAGAUCAGCGGCAAGAUCGAAGGCCACAUCCUCGUCCAGGUCCUCCAGGCAUCUCACCUUGACACCCUCGGCAUCUCCGUCAAGAAGCUGAGCUCUGUCGCUGUUUUGCGAUGCUCGGGCCGGUUGAAGAUGUCAAGCAAGCAGAAGCGGACAGCAAGCCCUUGCUGGAACGAGACGUUCUCGUUUCCCAUCGCGUCGGUCGAGCAAGACAUCCUUGAGAUCGAGAUCAUCAGUGGCUCGCAUGACCUUGGGAAGUGGGCGUAUGGCAUCCAGGAGAUCGUUCACGAGAUGGGAGGAAGCAUCAAAGGAUGGGUCUUCCUCACCCCUCCCGCUUGGUGCAACGACCACAGCGAGAAGGCGCAGAUUCGCAUCUCCGUCAAGUUCCUCUCACUCGACGUUGCCACUACAAGCUCGCAGGAGAACUCCUGGGGCAUCGCAGGGGAUGCGAAGAAGGAGAUCUCCUUGCCCAAGGUAUCGACGCUGGUGGAUGAGGAGGAGGACCUGCGGCAGAUGUCAAACCUGCUCCUCCACGACAAUGUCAUCCAGACGGUAGAGAAGGAGCUUGUCAAGGACGAUUGCGUGCAGCUACAGCCCGAUCCGUCGGUAAUAUCAGCUGAGGCUCAGCAGGAGGAGGAGGAGGAUGAGAAGGAGGGUUUGAGCGUUGCUGGAUUGGAACCGUCGCAUCAUCCUCAAGGAGGAGAAGGGGAAGAAACCCUGGGCAGUCGACCAGAGGAGCUUGUCGAUGACGACAAGGACACGAUUGGGAAGCUCAAGGAGUCGUACGUAAGGACUUACCUUGCUUACAACGAGGUUCGAAGGUGGCAGCCGGACAACCAGAUAGCUGAGGUCUUUGCGCGCAAGCUUCAGAGCAAAGUAGAGACUCUCCUCAAGGACACGCUGGAGGCGGUCGGAGGGUCCCUGCAGAAGUGCGUGGAGCUCGUGGACAUGGACUGGAAGGCCGUUCGCUCGGAGGUCGUGAUGGCUGUUAAGGAUGCCGGAGAGUCGAGCUUCCUCCUGACCAAGGAAGAUUUCGCGAAAGUUUUGCCCAUUCCAGCUCCCACGAACGCCAAGAACAUCCAAGAGAUGAGCCAGGCACGGAACUUCUGCUCCAAGACUGUGCUAGACCGCGCGAUGAGCCUGAUUGUGGUUGCGCUUAACGUGUUGGAGAAGGAAGGAGGACAGCCGAACUUUCCUCAGCAGCAUCAGAUGCUCGAGAGAAGUCGGAACGAGUUGAACAAGCUGAAGCAGACGGUGAAGGAGUAG